AUGUUUUUGCAGAUAUUAAGUUUGCUGGGCACCGGCAUUUUGUGGGGAACAACAAAUCCGCUAAUAAAGAAAAACUCCAAAGAUAUCCUGAAAGUAAAGGGUAAUUCUAGAAUAGCUCAAUUCGCUUUAGAAAUAAAAUAUCUAGCUACUAAUUUGCAGUAUUUAUUUCCUAUGUUAAUCAAUCAAUUAGGAUCGGUAUUGUAUUAUUUAACCCUAACUAAUGCCGAUAUAACAUUGGCAGUGCCUGUAGCAAAUUCCUUAGCAUUCGUAUUCACAGCGAUAUCCGGUUGGUUUAUCGAGAAAGAAUUUCCCAAAAUAAGAUCAAUUUUGGGAGCAGUAUUAGUUAUAUCAGGUACAGUACUUUGUUGUAUAGGAAAAUACGAGUACGAAUAA